AGAUUAUGCUCAAUGCUUGUAUGUAUCAUGUGUACAAGGAUGAAACUCUUUACAUGUUGCCUAUCUCUGUCUGUACUCUGUCUAACUCUUCUUGCAGUUGAAGUUGAUGCACAGGAACAGGGUGAUCAAUCAGGUUUCAUAAGCAUAGAUUGCGGAAUUCCUGGAAAUUCCAACUACACGGACAAAGUGACAGGCAUAAAUUAUGUCUCGGAUUCCGAAUUCACUGAUGCCGGAGAAAGCAAGACUAUACUACCAAUACACAGGUCUUCAUCUCUGGAUCAACAGUUUCUGACGCUCAGAAGUUUUCCACAAGGAACCAGAAACUGUUACACUCUAAAACCUGCUCAAGGACCUGGUAAUAGGUACCUGAUUCGCGCACAAUUUAUGUAUGGAAACUACGACUCCAAAGGCGUACUCCCAAAAUUUGAUCUUUAUCUUGGAGUGGAGAAAUGGGAUACAAUUUCAUUCAACAAAACAACUUCAGAAGAACUGUCAGAGAUCAUUCAUGUCCCAACAUCAGAGUAUAUUCACGUUUGUCUCGUGAAUACAGGGCUUGGAACACCUUUUAUAUCAUCACUCGAGUUGAGGUACUUCAAUAACAGCAGGUAUACAGCUGAAUUCGGAUCACUACAGCUUUUUGCGCGCCUGGAUUUUGGUGAAACAUUUGGGAAUUACAGGUUUAAAGACGAUAUCUAUGAUAGAAAAUGGAACUCAAUCAAGUAUAUUAACAGCACAUUAGUAUAUAAUUUUGAGACAUGGACAUAUAUAGGAGGAAAUAAAGUACCAUAUAAAGUCAUGACGACGGCUAUCGCACCAGACAACAGCAGCAAUCCGUUGAAACUCCCAUGGACGCCUGCCAAUGCAUCUGAUCAGUUUCUUAUCUACAUGUACUUCUCAGAGGUGCAGACACUACAACCCAACCAAACGAGAGAAUUCGACAUAUAUUUGGACGGGAAACCCUGGAGCAGGCGGCCGGUAACACCGUAUAAUCGGAGUACUGUAACAGUUUACAGUGAUGCACUUGAGAAGCCAGCGGCCAGUCAUGAGCUUGUGAUUCAGAAAACCAAAAGAUCAACGCUUCCCCCUAUCCUAAAUGCUUUCGAGCUUUUUACGGUUAAGAAAUUUCUGCAAUUCCAAACAGAUGAUCAAGACACUGCUUCCAUGAUGGAUAUUAAGUCAGUUUAUAAGGUUCAGAAAGGAAACUGGCAAGGAGAUCCAUGUGCAACAAGAGCUUAUGCAUGGAAUGGAAUUGGUUGUAUCUAUAAUGUUUCCGAUAAGCCUAGGAUCACAUCCUUGAAUUUAUCCGCCAGUGGAUUAAAUGGCAAGAUUGCUCCUUCUAUAUCCAAUCUCACAAUGUUAAGAUCACUGGAUUUGUCAGACAAUAAUUUGUCAGGGGACAUACCUGAUUUCUUAUCGCAGUUGACCUUGUUGAGGAUUCUAAAUCUAAAAGGGAACAAUUUCACAGGUUCAGUUCCAUCAAGCCUUCUGUCAAAGUCCAAAAGCGGAUUGUUGUUACUAAGCUUGGAUUCAAGUCAGGAAGGUGGAGAUACAAAUCGAUGUUUGUCAUCAUCAUGCAAAAAGAGCACUAAUAAAUCUACAAUCUUGAUAGCAGUUUCAAUUGCUUCAGUGCUUGUGUUGAUCUUGAUUGCAGUGAUAAUUAUUCUGUGGAUGAGAAGUUAUAAAAUGCGACAAGCAUAUAUAAAGGAUGACUCAUUGGAGACUAAAAAGCGUCAGUUCACAUACUCAGAAAUUAUAAGCAUCACCAACAAUUUUGAGAAAAUUGUGGGAAAAGGAGGAUUUGGCACAGUUUAUCAUGGCUAUGUUGAUGAUACCCAAGUUGCUGUUAAAAUGCUCUCAGCAACAUCAGUUCAAGGAUAUAAAGAGUUUCAGACUGAGGCUAAGCUUCUUAUGAGCAUUCAUCAUAAGAAUUUAACAACUCUUGUUGGAUACUGUAACGAGGAAAACAAAUUAGGGAUCAUCUACGAGUACAUUGCCAAUGGUGAUCUAGAAGGGCAUCUAUCAGGUCGAAACCCCUAUGUCUUGAGUUGGGAACAGAGAAUUCUGAUUGCAAUUGAUGCAGCAGAAGGCUUUGAAUAUCUGCAUCAUGGUUGCAAGCCACCAAUAAUCCACAGAGAUGUCAAAUCCACAAAUAUCUUAUUGACGGAGAAUUUCAGAGGAAAGCUUGCAGAUUUUGGCUUGUCCAGAGUCAUCCCUUUCGAAGGUGGCAGUCACGUAACAACAGUAGUUGCCGGAACUCCUGGCUACCUUGAUCCCGAGUACUACAGAUCAAAUAGAUUAACCGAGAAAAGUGAUGUUUAUAGUUUUGGAAUCGUCCUCAUGGAAAUAAUCACAGGCCGACCAGCUAUAGGGACUAGUAAUGACCGCGGGCACAUAGUUGAAUGGGUUAAGUCUAGACUUGAGGAAGGGGAUGUUGAAAUUAUCGUCGACUCAAGGAUAAGGGAAAAUGUUGAUAUGAAUUCUGUCUGGAGAACGGUGGAAAUUGCAUUAGCGUGCGUAUCUACAGCUUCUGAUGAUAGGCCUACUAUGGAUUUUGUGGUGUCUCAACUGAAAGAGAGCUUGUCAAACGACUUAUGCCGGAGUGAGACAAGAAAGAAAGAGUUAGUUGGAGUACAGUCUCUUAAUCUUGAAAGCGAAGUAUCAGGUCCUCAGCCGCGGUAAGGCCUGAUUCUGUUAGUGUGGUGGUUUGCUAUUAUAAAUAUGGUUGCUAAGGCCUAAGAUGCAUCGUAUUGUUAUACCUGAAGUGUUAGAAAUUCAUCUUUUCAGUUAUUUAAAACAAUUCCUGUCUGAAAUAAUAUUUAAAUUGAGUGUAAUUAUCAUAUGGCUACCGUCGAUGAAUAAGUAUUUGGUGUCCAUAGAGCAGGUCCAAGAACAAACUACCGACUAGCUUAUAUUCAACGUUCAAUUUUACAA